CUGGCUGUCGGGGAGAGGUCCCUAGAUCAAGAUCCCACUGCGCACGUGACCUAACCCACUCACUCACUCCCUUCAAAACGCACAUCGCUUUCUCUCUUCAUUCUUUCCUUCAUUCAUUCCACAAAACCCAACACACAAACAAACUCUCUCUCUCUCUCUCUCUCUCUCUUCCACGGUGGUUUCUAUUCAGAUUCAAACGGUUUUUGACGCGAACUCAGAUUCCGACUCAAAUGCUUUGAUCUACUACCGCACCACGGUUACAUGGCCUCCAGCCUGAAACAGUUGGGUCUACUAAAGCAUAUAUUUUUCAAUAAUUUGUACAUUAAGAACUUCCUUUAGUUUGAAUAUGUUUCUUAUGGGUUGACAAGCGUGGCGAAAUGGUUUGUCAUUCCAAAUAUAUAAGAACAUGGAGGAGACACGAGAAGAUGCAGGGUCGACAGAGCAAGGGCCAUCAAAUGCUAACAUAUCAUGGUGGCCUUCGGAUUUUGUUGAAAAAUUUGGAUCUGUCGCUUUAGAUUCUCAAGACCAGACAGUAAAUAAUAACGAAUCUCCUAGACACUCUGACAAAGAUGUUUUGUCGCCUCUGAGAGCAUCACAAAUUCUCUGGCGCACUGGAAUGCUUUCAGAACCAAUACCAAAUGGUUUUUAUUCACUCAUUCCGGAGACAAGACUCAAGGAGCUUUUUGAUAGUAUUCCUAGCUUGGAUGAACUUCAUGCUUUGGGUGGAGAGGGUUAUAGGGCUGAUAUCAUUCUCGUGGAUGUAGAGAAAGAUAAAAAGCUAUCCAUGUUGAAGCAACUGAUUGUGGCAUUAGUUAAAGGAUUAAAUUCAAAUCCAGCUGCAAUAAUUAAGAAGAUAGCUGGAUUGGUUUCUGAUUUUUAUAAGCGACCCAGUGUGGAAAGUCCAGCAAAAGCUGCGUUUGAUGAAACCUCUCAUAUUCUUGAGAAUCGUGGUGUUCAGAUGCUGGGGCAAAUAAAGCACGGUUCAUGUCGUCCUCGAGCUAUCUUAUUUAAAGUAUUAGCUGAUACUGUGGGUCUUGAAAGCAGGCUCAUGGUGGGCUUGCCCAAUGACGGGGCUGUCGAAUGUGUAGAUUCAUACAAGCAUAUGUCUGUGAUAGUUGAAUUAAAUUCAGUGGAAAUGCUGGUUGACCUUAUGAGAUUUCCGGGUCAAUUGUUACCAAAAUCAACCAAGGCAGUUUUUAUGAGUCAUAUAUCCGCAGCAGGAGAAAGUGAUUCAGCAGAAAAUGAUUCUUGUGAUUCGCCAUUAGAACCAAACAGUCCUCUGUUUGGAGUUUCAGAGAGUGCUGAGAAAGAGGAAAGCCUUCAGUUCAAUAGAAGAUCUGAAGUGUCUUCAAAUGUAACAAGCCUUUCCCUGAGAAAUAUGAUGUUACGAUCAAAUAGCAGUUUGAGUUUGUCUCAUAGUGAACCCAAUAUUGCAACUGCAUUUGGUCGCCGUAGUCGGAGAAAGGCCAUUGCUGAACAGAGGACUGCUAGUUCAAGUCCAGAACACCCAUCAUUUCGAGCACGUGCACGGUCCAUGCUUAGUGGUGAUAGGACAGAAUUUAGAGAUUUUGCUGAUGACCAGGCUACAUCAAGAUCCAGCUAUAGAUCAGAUGGUGCAUCCUCAUCAGAAGCUCGUAGGAUACGACGAAGAAGCAUCAGCAUUACGCCAGAGAUUGGGGAUGAUAUCGUAAGGGCUGUACGUGCAAUGAAUGAAACACUAAAGCAAAAUCGUCUUAUAAGAGAACGAGGGGAUGAUAACUCAUUCUCCCAUUAUCCGAGCAAUAGAAGUAGUGAUGCAGAUCUUCAUAAAAAUGCGUCAAAUUUCCAUCUUGAUGGUCAUGAUGAAAGGUCCACCUUAUAUUCUUUUCAGCGUGACCAAGUAACAUCACAAAAGGCAAUGUCAUUACCAUCUUCACCACAUGACUAUAGAAGUCAAGCUUCUGAGAGAAGCGAGCUAUCAAGAUACGGAGUUAAUGAUGAAAUGGAGUCGACCUGGAAUAAAGUACUUGAAUCUCAAAUGUUCAAUGGCAAACCUUUAUUGGCAUAUGAAGCAUGGAAUAUUGACUUCUCAGAAUUAACUGUUGGAACUCGUGUCGGGAUCGGCUUCUUUGGAGAAGUCUUCCGUGGCAUAUGGAAUGGCACAGAUGUUGCAAUCAAGGUUUUUCUAGAGCAAGAUUUAACCGCUGAAAACAUGGAAGAUUUCUGCAAUGAAAUAUCUAUUCUGAGCCGACUCCGACAUCCUAAUGUCAUCUUAUUUCUUGGUGCAUGCACAAAGCCUCCACGUUUAUCUAUGGUCACAGAAUAUAUGGAGAUGGGAUCAUUGUAUUACCUGAUACAUUUGAGCGGUCAGAAGAAAAGGCUCAGUUGGCGGAGACGACUAAAGAUGUUGCGUGACAUAUGCAGGGGUUUGAUGUGCAUACACCGUAUGAAGAUUGUUCACCGUGAUUUGAAAAGUGCAAAUUGUCUAGUGAACAAGCAUUGGACUGUGAAAAUCUGUGAUUUUGGGCUUUCAAGAAUAAUGUUAGAUCCUCCAAUCAGAGAUUCUUCGUCAGCUGGAACUCCAGAAUGGAUGGCUCCUGAACUCAUCCGAAAUGAACCAUUCGAUGAAAAAUGUGAUAUCUUUAGCCUUGGGGUGAUAAUGUGGGAGCUGUGCACCUUGAACAGACCAUGGGAAGGCGUACCACCUGAGAGGGUGGUUUAUUCUGUUGCUCAUGAGGGUUCCAGAAUGGAGAUUCCUGAAGGCCCACUAGGCAGGCUAAUUUCAGAUUGUUGGGCAGACGCACAUGAACGGCCAAGUUGUGAUGAGAUUCUCUCUCGUUUGGUGGACAUGGAGUAUUCAUUGUGUUGACACAAUCUUCUAUCUUUUGUACAUAGAAAACUUCGGGUAGAGUUGUUACAUUCUGUAAUCUAUCGGCUGAAAUUGUGGACUACUGUAAAUUUUGUUCUCAGAACAUUUCAAAAUAUAAAUUAAUGAUGCUCUUCUUGUCUUACCCGUGUUGCAAAUUUUUCACUAUUUGAGGCAAUGAAAUAAGGAUGAAUCCAA